AUGUUCGCCAACGGGGGUAAUAUCAACACGGGGCCCUUUCUUCAGGCCUCCCCCUCGCCAGUUCAAACAACUCUCAAGCGACGCCGCCGUUCAGGGUCCAACGCAGAAGAUCCCUCGCACGCAGAAAGCCAACCGCAGAUUCCUACAGCCGAUGCUAGGUCUACUAUCAAGAGACCACGACGAGAUCUACAGCCUGCAUUCCAGCUCUCCUUUGUUGCCCCACAGAACUCACAAAACUCCUACAAUACAUACCAGCCGUCCCCACCCAUCGGCGACAGUGAGAGCGACUCUUCAACCGAUAGAUUCGCGGUGCACUUUGGCGAUGAAGAUGUCGUGAUGGAUGGGCAGCAUGAGCAGCAAAAACAGCAAAACGCAAUGCCAAGCGUGGUUACAAGCCCGCCGACGGAGGUGAUGGGACGGCUGGAGGUGAGUGGAGAUGUUGAUAUGGACCAGACAGUUACAAAGAAGAAGGCGACUGGGUUCAGAAUGGGAUUUAGAGGGGAUUGUGAGAAGUGCAGGCUAAGAGUUCCGGGACAUUAUAGUCAUUACUGA